ACUAAUGAAAGAAGGGGAUUUUCUUUGACAGUCUCUUUUGGGUUUUUCCCAACUGUUUUAUAGUCGUAAAGCGGUUUAAAAUACUGGAGCGAAGUGUUGCAAGCUUGACAAUUAACUGGAUAGAGGGACCAAACGCGAGUAUAAAAGGAAAAGCACCUACCAAUCAGGAAGGAAACAAGAUAUUAAGCACUGUAGUAUAAGUAUAGUACAUUGAGACCAGAGCAGCUAGCGCACCCUAUAAAAGUUUGACAAGUUUGACUGUGGCAUGGCAUUGCCAGGAAUGGAUGCACUACAGAAUGGAGGGGGAUUCCCUAUGCAGAAGCCUCGACUGGAAAUUGUUGAGCAACCUAAAGCGCGAGGGUUCAGGUUCCGGUACGACUGUGAGGGACAGAGUCAUGGCGGACUACCGGGAGAGAACUCAGAGAAAAACAGAAAACAAAAGACAUACCCCACCGUUAGGUUGAUUGGUUACCGAGGUCGUGCCCGUGUGAUGGUGUCCCUGGUCUCAGAGAACGAGCCACCCAUCCCCCACGCUCACUCCAUUGUGGGUAAGAACACUCAAGAUGGACGCUGCACCCUCGAGAUGGGCCCAGAGACAGAGAUGUAUGCACAGUUCCCUAAUAUGGGCAUUCUCCACGUGACCAAGAAAAAGGUGCCGGAGGUCCUCACUCGGAGACUCAUCGAUGGUCUGCGUGUGAGCCGGGGAGACUUCUCUGGGGGGGAUAUACCACUGGGACAUGAUGAGCUAGAUCAGAUUAAAUCCCAAGCUAGUCAGUAUGCUAAGACCAUGAACCUGUCGGUGGUGAGGUUGUGUUUCCAGGCCUUCCUCAUAGAUGGCCAGGGCAAGUUCACUAUUCCAGUGGACCCAGUCUUCAGUCAGAAGGUCUACGACAGCAAGGCCCCCUCGGCCGGUACUCUGAAGAUCUGUCGACUGGAUCGCACCCACGGCUCAGUGAAGGGAGGUGACGAUGUCUUCCUCCUCUGUGACAAAGUUCAGAAGAACGAUAUUGAGGUCGUGUUUUAUGAAGAAAGAGGUGAUGGAUCGUCCAACCCAGUCCAACCGUGGACGGCUAAGGGACGAUUCGGACCCAACGACGUCCAUCACCAGUAUGCUGUCGUGUUUCAAACCCCGCCAUAUUACAAUCUGGCCGUUGAGAGGCCAGUUAAUGUGCUCGUUGCUCUGAGACGCCCCUCUGAUAACGAGAUGAGUGAACCAAAACCUUUCACUUACCUACCUCAAGAGUUUGAUGAGGAGCGUAUCGGAGCCAAGCGUAAGAAGAAGCUGCAACACUUCAGCAACUUCUUUGGUGAUGGAGCGGCCGGGUUUGGUGGUGGAAUGGGGGGCACUCUGGGACGCAGCUUCUUUGGAGGAGGUGACAUGAGUUUUGGCAACUUGCUCAACAAGGACAAUGGUGGUGGUGGAGGUGGGGGCACCAGUUACUCCGGUGGAGCAGGAGGAGACACAACCAUGUACAACCAGUUGGGUAUGGACAUUUAUGACAGUCAGUCAAUGUCCAACUCGUACAGUAACCCACCGUCCAAUCCGAUGCCUCCAUUCACCCAACAGCCAGACCACUACAACUUCUCUGGAGCUGCAUACCCAUCGGCAAUGCCAAUGAAUUCGUUCCAGCCGCCUCAGCCUCAGAUGAUGAUUCCUGGCAUGGACUUUCCCCAGCUCCCUCAGAUGAUGGGUGCAGAGUAUGGGAUUAGGGGGCGUGGUAGUGGGUCCUCCAACGAGGGUGUGUCGCCGGCCAUGAUUGGAAUGGGAGGGUUUAAGAAGGAGAAGUUGGAUGCGGGCUAUGGAGACACAGUUGAGAUGGACCAUGGCUCUGCCUCUCGUAGAGCACCUCCCCCAACACAACGAGGAGAACCUCGCUCAAAAAUUCUGCUGGACACUGAGAGGGAGGAGAGUGGCUUCCAGGACCUGGAGACCAUGGACUCUGGACUGCCCAUUGACCAGUUGGAGGGUCGUACUGACAAUCCUGCUGAGCAGGAGGCCAGGGCAGCCGGUCAAGAUCUUGCUGAUCGACAACAGGCCGCCUUUGCUGUCUGUGAGAGGAUGUUCAAUGCUCUGCUAGCCUGGGCCACCACUAGAGAUGUGAGGUACCUACUGGCUGCACAGAGAAGCCUCACCGCAGUGCAGAACCAGCAGGGAGACACAGCUCUCCAUCUGGCCAUCAUCCACAAUCACCAGGACGUGGUGCUACAGCUGUUGGACGUCCUCCCCCAGCUUCCCCCCACCGAGACCCCCGUCGUGGACUGUCUUAACAACCUCAAACAGUCUCCCCUGCACUUGGCAGUACUCACUCGUCAGCACAAGGUGAUCCAGUACCUCCUGAAGGCCAAUGCCAAUCCCCUCGUGUGUGACCGUGAGGGGAACACCCCACUGCACCUGGCCUGUAGAAUGGGCUUCAUGCAGGGAGCCGUGGCUCUGCUUAAUAGGAGCAAUCACAUCAACACUGAGGGUUGUCGUAUCCCAGAGGUCAACAUCAGGAACUCCAGUGGCCAGACCCCAGUCCAUCUGGUGGCCAAGGCUGGUCACACCCAGGUCCUCAAACAGCUAGUCAACGCCAAGGCUGACAUCGAUGUGCAGGACUCGCGCUCAGGCAAGACUGCUCUCCAUCACGCCGUCGAGAGUGGUGACCUCCCCAUGACUGGUUAUCUUGUCACUGAGGCCAACUGCAAUAUUGACUGUUGUGAUUUCUCUGGGAACACUCCACUCCACGUUGCCUCUGGACUGGGAAGGGCUGCCAUUGUGUCACUCCUGAUAGCCGGGGGUGCCGAGGUGGGGGCAGAGAACCAGGAAGGGGAAACCCCUCAGAUGUACGCAGAGUAUCGUAACCAUGACACCGUUGCCAAGCUCCUCCAUGAAGCUGCUGACCAGGGCAUGGGAAAAACUGAUGGUGAACUGAGUGCCCAGAUGGAAGCUGUGAGCAUCAAACAAGAGGGUGAUCUUCGUAACCUGGACCAUCUCCAACGUAUCUCCCUGGCCGUGGUGUUGGACCAUAACGACCUCUGGAAGCAGCUCGGCAAACUCAUGAACCUUGGAGAAUUUGAGGCCGGCUUUGCCACUUGCUCCUCCCCCACCAGAGAACUUCUCAGCAUGUUCGAGGCUUGUGACGGCACCAUUGCACAGUUGAGGCAGUAUUUGUCCCAGAUGAACGCCUCCAAUGCUGUAAACAUUCUCGACAAUGCACUCUCGGGUCUAGAUGGUGGAGAGAGGUUGAAGUCUGCUAGGACUGUGUUGGACUCAGGGAUAGAGUCACAGUCUACUGGGUCCAAUGAGAUGAGUCCCCACGUUGGCCCAUACGCUGGCCACACUGCGACCAUGAGUCACAGUCUGUACGGAGAGGGACUAGCAACCACUCAAGCUUGACUGCCCCCCCCUCCAACACACACACACAAACAAACACUUCUCUUUAUUUUCACACCGUAUGCAAUUUUGGAACUCGUAGUUAGUACGCUCUCAUAUAUUAUUGUAAACUCUUGAUCGCUUUUCAAUUUCGUUGUAAUAGGAUUUUUGGGUGUGUAACCUUCAUAGAUAAUUAUUAGAGAACUUCCUAUAAUAUUAUACUCAGUUUAUACGUCAAUUAUGGUUGUUACGAUAUUACAAUUGUUGGAGCACUAACUCAUGAACUAUUAUUAUAUAAUUA